AUGGCGCCAGUGCAUGCAGCACGACAGACGAAUGGCUUCGAGCCUCCGCCGUCCUCUCUACUGGCCACGCACGUCGUCCAUGGAAAUGGAGUCACUGAUUUUGAUCAAGACAAUUUCAAUCAACUUUUGGCUGAAGCACUGGGAUCCGAUGAUCAAGGUCAACCCAAUCUGGGUGCCGACGUUGCCGUCAAUCACAAGCUGAUCUCCAUCGUCUUCCAAAUCGGCAUCGAGCCUGUCCUUGAAGAAAAUCCUUUCCGGUCCGCAACCGCUACAGGUAGGGGCGACUCUCAAUUCAGAACUUGCCUUGAAGUACUUCAAGUCGCAAUCGAAAGAUCACCCCAGGUUGUCUAUGUGAAAUCAGAUGCCCAAGGCGCGCCCACCGCCGGGAAUGGACCACCUCUCUGUUCCUGGCUGAUUCCGACACUUCUUCCCUUGGUUGCUUUAGCCCAGGGAAAUUUGGCCAGGGAUGUUGUUCUCGAGUUGUUCAGUUCGAUGGUGGAUGCUGACCGAAAAUGUACAACUACUUACUCAUGCGAUAUCGUUCUCGACUUCCUCAGGAACUGCGUCUCAGGCAUUCUCAGCGUUGUCGAGUCGCUACCACCUGUUCAACAGAACAAAACCAUCGUCGUUGAUGGGGAAGACUUCGCUUCUACAGUUUCCAGAAUCACUAAUGGCAUCGAAAUUAAUGUUCCCAGCCUCAAAUUUCCCUCUUUGCAACAGUUGCUACUCGGAUUGGCCCAGGUUUUGAAGGUAGUGUCUAGACAUUCUGAAUCCGCACAGACCAAAUUGCAGUUCCGCAAGGUCUUCUUGCGAUUUCGACGGUUGGCUGAAGAAAACGAGAACCUGUUAACGGGCAAUGAUCAAGCUGAGAAUCUCAGUCAUGAAAUCCGCAUUUUGAGUAUCACACCUCCUGCGCCGCCGAGACAGCUGUCCAAAGAUACUUACGAGCCCUGGCCUGAUACUGAUCGAGCUCGGAAGAGAUUACGUCUGUCAACCGAUGACGAGGAUGGGCUGUUAAAUGGUUCCCUGCAACAGAAAAUCUGCCGCAGACUGACCUCGGAGUUGACUGGAAACGCUGCUCCUGAUCUUGACGGGCUGAGUCAAACAUCAUCGGAGAACUUCAGGCGCCUGCCAGAAGACAAACAGUGCAAUGCGCUUGGCUUGCUUGGCCUGACCGCGUGCCAGCUUUCUUCGCCUACUUUGGAUGGCUAUUGUCCGAUAUGCGAUGAGGAUUGCGAAACAACCAGUACUGGACCUCGUUCAAUUUCACCUGCGAGCCAAGAAUUACUCAAGACUUUGGUAGUCCUCAUUCAAACAAUCUCGCGCCGUUCACGGGCAAGAAUAUUUGCCAUGUCUUCACUCCGUCGAAUUAUCAUGCACACAAACUCGACUGAAGACUUGAAGCUCGGCCAAACACCUGCUGGUGACUGGUGCCUGCAGUCCCUCAAGAGCUCCUCCAGGGACCUGAGAAUAGUCGCAGGCCGGACUGUGCAGGCCUACGUGAUGAGAAGAAAGCAACAUGACUUGUCUCUGGCGCGCGAAAACAGAAUCACAGCAUUGGACUUCCUUGACAGUUUAUGGCAGAAAGGAGAUGCUUCCUUGCAGGAGACAACGGUCAUGGCCCUGACGCAAGUGGCUAAAGUCGUCGGGGACGAAGAACUAAAUAUCAUCCUGGUGCGACUCAUGGAGUACCUUGGUCACACCAACCCAUACCUCAGUGGUUUGGUAUAUGCUGAGAUUCAGCAUCUUGCUCAAUCCUUGCAAAUCUCAGUAUGGCUUCUCUUUCGGCCGUUCUGGCGGACCCUCGGUGUGGUAUUCGCGAAGUCUCUGAUGUCUCGGCCAAAUAUUGCCCAUCAAUUAUCUGAUCUGCUGGGCAUGGACAUUACAGGUCUGAUGGGGCAUGCCGCCGAAUUCGCUCUCCCAUAUCUGGUCCUGCACAAAGCAAAGGAUGUUAUAAGGAAGUUCGCCGAGGCGAAUGGACAAUCAACGACCCUCUUCGAUCUGUGUACACAGCGACAGAAUCUUAUUGCGAUCCUGUCAUUCCUCCUCGUACAGCCGUUUCCUGAGGCGGAACAAUCAAUUAUCUCAAUCUUGUCAGAGGUAUCUGACGACUUUUGCAAGACUGAUCUUGCGGAUUGGGUCGCCCUGGACCCUAUCCACAUCACCUGCGAACUCCUCAAGGCCAUCGGGGAUAGUGGUCAGGGCAAAUCAUCCCGGAUUUAUCAAGCUCUGCAGCUGUUGGCACAACUGGUAGCUCGUCAACGUGGACAAUCAUCUGGGACGAGACGCAGUGAUAGCAUGGGGACCUUCCUGGAGAAUAAUGUUCUCGCCAUCGUCACGCAUUUCACUGUUCUCCUGAACGAUUUGGAGGCAAAGGAGUCCAAGGUCGACAAGAGGCGCUGCCUCGCUGCCCUUGGUGAGGUAGUCAAGCUGGGCAAAACUCGGAUUGUGCGAGCUCUUCCUCAGAUUUGUGCUUGUCUCAGAUCCGGCUUGGAUGACCCCGAACUCUGUGAUGCUGCCUUUACCUCUUGGGCUGCGAUGGUCAAAUCGCUGAAGAGAGACGAUUUGAGGCCCCUGGUGGACCAGACUCUGGCAAUCAUUGUCCGAACUUGGGAUGCACUUGACAGUCCAUCCCACCGCUUAGCAUAUGACCUUGUCGGCGAUUUGCUCAAAAACCACACCGACAUCGUGCGAAAUCACUUUGCCACAAUGCCGUCAUUGGCUUCGAUCCCGGUAAUGGCCAACUUCGAGUCUGACAUAAUGGCCCUUAAAGGUCAGAUGGAUGAGCGUCACCAACUCAUUGCUUAUAUCGAGAGACUGCAAGACGAGAACAUUGCUGUGGUUGAACAAGCUUUGGUUGAGUUAGCGCCACUUCUAUAUCAAAAACAGGACUUUCUCCAGAGAUCCAUCCUCAGGGAACAACCCGAUGAAUUUGUCGCCGACUUGACUCGUGCAUUACUGGAUUGUUGCGUGAAGUUCAACACAAGCAAUGAGGUCUCGAGGCUGUGUGGGCAGUGCCUAGGCAGUGUAGGAUGCAUGGAUGCCAGCAAGAUCGAAAGCCUGAGAGAUCGCAAGAUCAUGGUCGUCCUGGCAAAUUUUGUAAGUGCAGACGAGGUUAUCGAGUGGAUUUUCUUCUUCUUGCAGCACGUCCUAGUCAAAGCCUUUUUGUCUGCGAAUACAACGAGAGCCCAAGGCUUCCUCGGCUGGGCGAUGCAGCAGUUCCUGAACUCUUGCAGGCAGGAUACGUCGUCGGACGAAUCUGGCAAUCUGGCCUCGAGCUUGUGGAAUCAGCUGCCUGAAUCUACCCAGAACGUAUUGACCCCGUUCAUCAGCUCGAAGUAUACGGUGCAGGAGGUCCGGGCUCCCGAAAAGAGCCAAUAUCCUCUUUUCACGCCCGGCAUGAAGCAUCGCGACUGGCUGCGAACCAUUACGUUGGAUUUCCUUCACAGAAGCACUGGAGACAACGUCGAAAUUAUCUUCUCCAUAUGUUGUCGCAUAAUCCAUGGUCAAGACGCUUCCAUUCCAGCUUUCCUUCUGCCCUAUGCUGUGGUCAAUCUCAUUGUUAGUGGCAUAGAGCAGGACAGUCAAGAUAUUAUAGCCGAAAUCAGCUCAAUUCUCAGCCAGACGCUGGACGGCCAUGAUCGGAAAGUGCAGGACGACAUCAAAUUGUGCAGCCAGACAGUCUUUGAAAUCCUUGACUACAUGUCUACAUGGCAACAACAGAAGCGCAAACAGUAUGCCAUGGCUCUCGCAAAGUCAGAUCGUGGCCUCAAUGAUCUGCUCUUGGGCAAAGCCGCGGACCAAAUACGCAGUAUCGAGCGAGUGCUAGAACAGAUUCCGCCCGACGUGCUAGCUCGACGGGCUUUGGAAUGCAGGUCUUAUUCAAGAGCCCUCUUUCAUUGGGAGCAGCACAUCCGCAAAUGCAAGAAGGACGACGUUGAAGCCGAGCUCCAGAGGCUGCAAGACAUUUAUGCUCAGAUUGAUGAACCCGACGGUAUUGAGGGUAUAUCUUCUCGAAUGCACGUACUCGAUAUCGAACAGCAAGUCUUGGAGCACAAGAAGGCAGGUCGGUGGACCGCUGCUCAAAGCUGGUAUGAAAUGCAACUUGUCGCUAGCCCAGACGAUAGUGAUGCGCAAAAGAACUUGAUGGCUUGCCUCAAGGAAUCUGGUCAGUAUGACGCGCUCCUCCAUCAUUUCGAUGGCAUCAAGAGCCGCAGCAGCAGUUCCACGACGUUACUGGCACCUUAUGCUCUUGAGGCCGCAUGGGCAACAAGCCGCUGGGAUCUCCUAUCCAGUUACAUUCCUCGAGAGGUUGGACACGAUUUUGCUUCUCAGAUCGCAGAAAUCAUGCUGGCCGUCAAUAACAAGGAUGGUGCAAGGGUGAAUCAGCUACUUUCAGAGGUAUAUCGCACCACUGCCUCUGAACUCAAUCCCAACAGCAUCUCUUCAUUCCAAGCCAGCCACGAUACGCUUCUGCGCUUGCAUGUUCUCAAUGAUAUGCGAUUGAUCGCAGAAAGCCCCAAAGAAGAUCGUGCCGCCGUGUUGGAUUCCUUACGCGGGCGUCUCGAUGUGCUAGGAUCCAACGUUGCCGACAAACAGUACCUCUUGGGGAUCCGCCGCGCUGUAAUGUCUCUCAGACCAGACGUGUUCGCCUUGAACGAUGUUGCGGCCGCAUGGCUCUCGAGCGCCCGACUCGCGCGCAAAGCACGUUCCACCACUCAGGCUUUCAAUUCCGUUCUCAAAGCUUCUGUGCUUGGCGACAAGUCAGCAGCAAUUGAACAAGCGAAAUUGAUGUGGUUGGAAGGACACCAUCGGAAGGCCAUCCAAACUCUUGAAGGAGCCAUCGAGUCGGGCGCAUUCGUGGCCCAUGAUUAUGUGGCUGACAAUGGCCCGACAACAAUGACGGUCGAACAGCGCCACUCUCAAAACGAGAUCACCGCCAAGGCGCAUGUUCUCCUUGGGAAAUGGUUGGCACAAGCUGGUCAGACGCAGUCGGAAGUCAUCAGAAAAACAUUCAGGAAAGCAACAGAAACCUUCAGCAAAGGGGAACAAGGCUGGUACCACCUUGGCCGCUAUUACAAUAAGGUUCUUGACUCGGAAAGAGCAAUGCCUCCUGGCAAGGAGAGCCAAACGUACCUGACGGGAGAAACGGCGAAACAUGUCAUUGAAAACUAUCUACGAUCGCUCCUCACUGGGAGCAAAUAUGUUUUUCAAACUCUUCCGAAAGUGCUGACACUGUGGUUCGAGUUGGUAGAUGGGAUGGACCUUCCAAGAGAUGACCGACGAGGUAGCGCCGAGUUUCACUCCAAGGUUGCGGCGCAGCGAAAACGCAUCAUUGAGGAAACGAACAACCAGAUCAAGAAGUAUAUUGACCGCCUGCAGCCAGUUUUGCUCUAUACAAUCCUGCCGCAGAUUGUUGCUCGGAUAUGCCAUCCCAGUAAGGUCGUCUGCGAGAUUCUCGGCGGUAUCGUGGUUAAAGUAGUGAGAGCGUUCCCACAACAAGCAUUCUGGACGUUAUUGGCAGUGGUGGAAUCACAACAGAAGGAGCGGGCGCUAAAGGGUUUGAGCAUUGUCAACAAAAUCAUCGAUGUCACAAAGAAAUCGAGCAAGGACUCGUCCGCAGCCGAGCUCAGGAGCAUGUUCACCAGUGGUCAAAAGUUUGUCAAGGAACUCCUUCGUGUCUCUGAAUUUGAAAUCAGACAAAAGGUCACGAAAAUCAGCCUCGCCAGGGACCUUGGUUUCAACCACAAAAUCGCCCCUUCGAAACUGGUGGUUCCCAAUCAGGCUUGUCUCAUCCCCAGCAUGCCCACGAGCUUCGACCCGGCACAGCUGAAGGCAUUCCGCCCUUUCGCCAAAGAACCCGUCACGAUCAGCGCCUUUGUCGACGAGGCCCUUGUUUUGGCCUCUCUCCAGAAGCCCAGAAAGCUCACUAUCCGUGGAUCUGAUGGCAACAUGUACUCUGUUCUCGCCAAACCGAAAGACGAUCUUCGCAAAGACCAGCGCCUCAUGGAAUUCAACAACAUGAUCAACCGCUUCCUCAAGCGUGACGUCGACGCCGCCAAACGGAGGCUCUAUAUCCGCACCUACGCCGUGAUCCCGAUGAACGAAGAAUGCGGCUUGAUUGAAUGGGUGGACAAUCUCAAAACGUUCCGGGACAUCAUCCUCAAGCUGUACAAGGAUAAAUCCAUCCACCCGAACUACGUCGACAUUCGAAAUCUGCUGGACGAAUCCUGCUCCGGGGAUGCCGAGAACGCCAAAAUCUUCACGACUCAAAUCCUCACAAAAUUCCCACCUGUGUUUCACGAGUGGUUCGUGGAGAGUUUUCCCGAUCCGAGCGCGUGGUUCAAUGCCAGAUUGAGAUAUACCCGGUCCGCGGCUGUGAUGUCGAUCGUGGGCCAUGUCUUGGGUCUUGGGGACCGACACGGCGAGAACAUCCUCUUUGAAGAAGACAACGGCGGAACCUUGCACGUCGACUUCAACUGCCUAUUUGACAAGGGCCUCACAUUCGAAAAACCCGAGAUGGUCCCCUUCCGGCUGACGCACAACAUGGUCGACGCCAUGGGCGCGGGCUACGGCUAUGAAGGACCUUUCAGAAAGUGCUGCGAGAUCACGCUGACGCUUUUACGGUCGAAUGAGGACGCCCUCAUGACCAUCCUCGAAACAUUCCUGCACGACCCGACCACGGAUUUCAUAAACUCCGCGGGACGCCAGAGGAAAAAGGUCGUCUCGGGAGUGCCUAGCACGCCCGUCGAGGUGCUCGAGGGCGUCAGCGCCAAGGUUAGGGGAAUGUUGCCAGGCGAGUCGGUGCCCUUGAGCGUGGGCGGCUAUGUCGACGAGAUGAUCAGUAGAGCUACCGACGAACGUAAUCUGUGUAGGAUGUAUAUUGGUUGGUGUGCUUUCUUUUGA